CUCAAGCUGGCUUGACCUGCUGCCAGUACCACACUUAGCUGAUUACCUUAACAUUGGGCUUAUUUUUUGGAUGGAGAGCAACAACCCAGCAUCAUGGACGCUCUUCCUGAAGCAAAUGGCGCCUCUGCCCUCCACCUUUCAAAGAUACUGGGUCAAGAUGACCCUUCACGCAACAUGUUUUGUUCUCCUGUGAGCAUCUCCUCUGCCCUGGCCAUGGUCUUCCCGGGGGCAAAAGGAGACACUGGUGCCCAGUUGGCCCAGGUGCUUUCUUUAAACACAGAGAAAGACAUUCACGAGGAUUUCCGGGCGCUUCUCACCGAGCUGAGCAAGCCUGGCAGUCAGUACUUGCUCAGAACGGCCAACAGGCUCUUUGGAGAGAAGAUCUGUGAAUUUCUCUCUAUCUUUAAGGGAUCCUGUCUGUUCUACCACACUGAGCUGGAGCAGCUCUCCUUUGCCAAAGCUGCAGAGCCGUCCAGGAAACAGAUAAACGCUUGAGUCUCAAAAAAGACUGAAGGUAAAAUUCCAGAGUUGUUGCCGGGUAGGUCAACUGACGCACAGACCAGGCUGGUUCUCGUCCACACGGUCUACUUCCGAGGAAGCUGGAAUGAGCAAUUCAACAAAACGUACACAAGGGAGACGCCUUUUAGAGUCCGUCAGAAGGAGCAAAGGCCGGUGCAGAUGAUGUGUCAGGAAGGAACGUUUAGACUGGCCCACAUAGAGGAGGUGCAGGCGGUCCUCGAGCUGCCCUACGCAGCUGAGGAGCUGAGCAUGGUCACCGGGCUCCCUGACGACCGCGUGGCUCUGAGCUCGGUGGAAAAACUUCUCCCUGUUGAGAAAUUCCUCGCCUGGACCCACCCAGACUGCAUGAAAAGCACAGAAGUGGAAGUUUUCCUCCCGAGAUUUAAACUGGAAGAGGCUUAUGACCUGGGGUCUGUGCUGCAGGGUCUGGGGGUGGUUGACGCCUUCCGGCAGGGCAGGGCUGACUUCUCGGCCACGUCAGCCGACAGCGACCUGUGUCUGUCCAGCUUUGCGCACAGGAGUUUGGUGGAGGUGAACGAGGAAGGCACGGAGGCCGCGGCCGCUUUGGCCGUGACAGCGGCGGAGAGCUGCAUGGAGUCUGGACCCAGGUUCUGUGCCGACCGCCCCCUUCUCUCCAUCAGGCACGGCAAAGCCAGCAGCAUUCUCCCCUGCGGCACGCUUUCCUCGCCAUGGGGGAUGCACUCACCGUACACUUACUUCCCGCUCAUUCCAUGUACCAUCCUCUCGAGUUACGCCGUGUUCUCAGCUCUGGUCACAUACUUGCCUUAG